AUGCCUUUCACCGCUAGUGAUAUCUGCAAGAUCCUCCUCGCCAUCCUCCUGCCACCCGUCGGUGUGUUCCUCGAGGUUGGAUGUACCGGAACAUUGUUGCUGAACAUCCUGCUCACCUGCUUGGGCUACAUUCCCGGUAUUCUACACGCCUUAUACAUCAUCUUCAAAUAUUAG